UUAGAGUUUGCAGCUGUCGGAUAAUCAAACCUCCCCCCUCUCUCUCUCUCCUCCUUUUCUUUCAUCAAUUCUAUCUAAAACAUAUAGCUGCGCUGGGCUCGCUACCUAUAAUAUCUCCCUAACCCUUUGUUUCCACCAUUUUUUUUGGAGUUUCGGAGAGAUCGAUAUAUACACAUACAAGUGAUCAUCAUCUAUCAGCGCAGCAGAGUUGAUCGAAGUUGGUUUAAUAUAUACGAGGAGAUAGAGGGGUUGCAUGGUAGUCUAUUUUUUUCUCGACUACCUUUCUGCACAAGAUUGAGGCCGGCGGAAACGUAACAGCUUUCUUUGCACUUUUGAUGAAUUAGAUCAGACGAGGUUUUGGGGUUUUCCUCCUCGUACAUGGCUUACCAGCAUUACCGAUCGCCCUUCGGCGACACCACCUACACCAAGGUCUUCGUCGGAGGCCUCGCAUGGGAGACUCCCACCGAUGUAAUGCGCCGUUAUUUCGAGCAGUUCGGGGAGAUCCUCGAGGCCGUUAUCAUCACGGACAAGAACACCGGCAAAUCUAAAGGAUACGGAUUCGUAACGUUUCGCGAUCCCGAGUCCGCCCGGCGGGCUUGCGACAACCCUAAUCCGGUGAUCGACGGCAGAAGAGCCAAUUGCAAUAUCGCUUCUCUCGGACGGCCACGACCGUCUCCCCCUCGAGGUAGGGCACAAGGAGGAAGUCCAUACCAAGCAAAUGUGGUGCCACCACAGGGAGCAUCAUCUUCUUCCUAUAGUGGAGUGGCAGCGCCAUUACCACCCCCACCCCCACCUCCACCACCUGUGAUUUACCCACCAUAUGGGUACGCUGCCUACCCACCAGAUUAUGCUUACCAUCAAGGUAUUUAUAAUCCACAGUUUCAGCAAGCAGCAGCAGCGGCACAGUAUUACCCUCAUCACCAUGUGUAUGGAAGUUCAUCAUCAGGCAUGGGGUCUCCAUAUGGUUAUGGAUAUUCCUUGCCGGCAUCUAGGGGAACAUUUUCUGCAACGCCCCAACGUUUCCAUGGGGGACCGUCUUACCUUUACUACCCUACUCCUCAGAUGGAUGCCGCCGCCGUGGCCGCCGCCGCAGCUUCCUUCUCCCCUACCGCCUAUCCUCCCUCUCCUCUCCCACCUUUGCUCCACCCUGCCCCUAGGCAUCCUUUCCCAGCUUCCUCCUCUGAGCCACAGACUCCACAGCAAACCUCAACUGAAACCACCGAAGUUGGGGCUGUUACCUCGGAGAGCCCAAAAACCUAUUAAAAAACCCAGACACCACCGGACCGGAAACGGAGAAGAAGAAGAAAUGGAGCUAGCUCAUAAAAACCAACCACCCACCGUACCGGCGAUGACGACGACAGAUUAAAUUAAUUCAUGAAUUUUCCAACUGUACAAUCCUUAACAAAAUUCAGUCAUCUUUCUCAUCUCUACGCAUUAUUGCACCAAUAUCUGCAGGUUUCUCUACUUCAACUCCGAUCAUAUUGCACCAGGAAUGCCAUCCCCAAUUCUUCUUCUUCUUUUUUUUCCUUCUUUAAUUUUUGAGAAGAAAAUUCUUGGUUCAUUUAUUUUUUUUCUUAAAUUUAAUCACUAAACCUCUUUGAUUAAUGUAUUAUGAAUUAUAACAGGGAAAUUUAUCAUUUCCUCAAUAAAAGAUUCAUGACAACUUGUUAAC